AUGACGACGAAAACAUCGACUUCAUCAAGAAAAACAGCCAGCAAAAGAUUUGGUAAUUUUACAAUUACUUGCCCUGAUUUAACUGAUGAAAAAAAGAAGCAAGCACUUAUACGACGUGGUUGUUAUGAAUAUAUAUUUGUUGUACGAAUUGAAGGUUAUCCAGAUGUUCAAAUGGUUGUUAAAACAAUUUCAUUUAUAAUAGAGAAUAGCACUUGUGAAACUCAAGAAGAACGUCAAGCAUCAACAUAUACAGAUUUAACAACAAUUCAAGAAGUUGGUUCACAAAAUUAUCCAUAUAUUAUUUCUUAUUAUGGAGCUGUUAUUGAUAAAGUAAAUUAUAUUUUUAAGGAAAGUAGUAAAUUACUUAUUUGUGUAGAAUUAAUGGAUGUAUCAAUGGAUAUAUUUUAUCAAACAAUGCAUUCAUUUGAUAAUGUUACAAAUACAGAACUUGAUCGUGUUUUAUGUCGUUUAACUGAUAAUGUAAAAUAUUUAAUAAUUCAAUAUAUUCAAUAG